CUACCAUACUGGUCAAACAGCGGGUGUGAAAAUGGUAGGUAACCAAAAUAAACACAAACCCAGGCAUUGGCUGUGGCGCGACUAAAGCUUACAUUGAAGAAAUAUAUGCCCGUAGUAUUAAACUGCAAGCCUUCAAUGAUUAGUUACUCGUGUUCGCUGCUAUUACAGAGAAGGUCAGUGGAUGUUUUGAGAGCAGCUAGCUAGCUACUCGUCUCUGUCUGGUAACUUCGGCUGUGAUCAGCUCAGUCGUUAGACCCCAAAGACACACACACACACACACACACACGGGGUCGUUUGACUUAAAACCCGGCACAUCCAUAACCACACUGAUAGUCUAUUCACGUGAUCCUGUCCCCAUCGGUGAUACAUUUAGGCUAACUUAGCUAGCAUUAGCCAGUAUAAGUUACUAGCUGGUGGAAUGUAGACAAUGCUAACCUAUCGUCACCCUUCUGGUCGCACAGUGAUCCGUGCAGACUGAACAGACCUUUGCCUUCAUGUCGUUGUUAAUAACAUACGUUGGUAACCGGCUGGUGGAGUCGAUAUCAGCCUGAUGCACUCGCAGAGUUUCAGUCUCCGGUUUCAGGAAAUGCUACUCUUCAGCAUAGUGCAGCCGGUGUGAGGAGGUAGCGUGGUGAUUUGUGAUUUAUCUAUCAGGGUUGUCGAUCGUUAGUUAAAUAGUAAACAAGUGCUCAUCACAGUUUCCCAGAGCCCAAUGCGAUGUCUUCAAAUAGUUGGUUUUGUCCAAUCGACAGUCCAAACCUCAGAGAUAUUCAUUUGACUGUCAUUGAAGACUAAGAAAAUAACCAAAUCCUAACAUUUUGAGCAGCUGUUGUCAAUCAACUAAUUGAAUCAACUAAGCAUAACAUCUAUAUAGUGUUAGGAAACCAGAAAUCAUCGUGAAUGAGGUUAAAGUAUGACUAUAACUUUAUAGCUAACUGUUGUUUCUGGUCUUUAAUAGCUGCGUUACAGUUGAAUGAUACUAUAUUCUGAAUAUGCUUAAAUUUUAAUAUUAUAUUAAUAUUGCUGUGUAUUUCUGGCAUGGUGCUUGUGUUCCACUCCAGACUGGUUGCACAUCUCGGUCCGGGUGAUGGCAUCCCGUUUCCCUACUCAUGUUACAUCUAUGACUGUAGUUAUCUGAGGGGCCCUCCUGAGUACAGCAUGUGCUGUGAGAAUCCACAACAUCCCCCUUCAGAAAAGCCCAUGUUGCUUUUUGGAUAGGACAUAAUUACCAGCACUGCGUCUUGGCUCGGCACCGAUAAUGUGUGUGCGUCAGUGUGACAGACUAACCUUUUGAUAUAUGAGUGUUUCUGAGUGUCUCGCAGUGUUUGCUGUCGCCUGAAUGCCUGUAGAUGUGUGCGUCUCGCUGUGUGUUAUUGUCUGUGUUUCAGUCUGUGUUUGCGUGUUGUUGUCGGUGUUCCCCAGUCUGAUCGCACCCGUGUCUGACAGCCCUUGUCCUGUACUUACACAGCAUAAGCUGAAGUCUUCGCAGAGGGACAAGGUACGGCAGUUCAUGUCCUUCACACAGGCUGGGGAGAAGACAGCUGUGUACUGCCUCACACAGAAUGAUUGGAAACUAGAAGUUGCGACCGACAACUACUUUCAGAAUCCAGACCUCUACUGUAAGGAAUCCAUGAAAACGUCAGUAGACCGGAAAAGGCUGGAGCAGCUCUACAAUCGCUACAAAGAUCCCCAGGAUGAAAAUAAGAUUGGCAUUGAUGGGAUCCAGCAGUUUUGUGAUGACCUCUCACUGGAUCCGGCCAGUAUCAGCGUGCUCGUCGUUGCGUGGAAGUUUCGUGCUGCCACUCAGUGCGAGUUCAGCAAGAAGGAGUUUCUGGAUGGAAUGACGGAGUUGGGGUGUGACAGCCCAGAAAAGCUGAAGGCCCUCUUGUCGAGAUUAGAGCAGGAGCUCAAAGAUAGUGGGAAGUUCAAGGACUUCUACCAGUUCACCUUUAACUUUGCCAAAAAUCCUGGACAGAAGGGUCUAGAUUUGGAGAUGGCUGUAGCCUACUGGAACCUGGUUCUGUUGGGACGGUUUAAGUUCCUUGAUCUUUGGAACAGAUUCCUUUUGGAACACCAUAAACGAUCCAUCCCAAAGGACACAUGGAACCUAUUGCUGGACUUUGGGAACAUGAUUGCAGACGAUAUGUCAAACUAUGAUGAGGAAGGGGCAUGGCCAGUCCUUAUAGAUGAUUUUGUGGAAUUCGCCCGACCAAUUGUAACAGGAUCGAAACGCAAAACUCUCUAAAUCCAAUCCCAAAUCUGGAAAGCCAGAACCUUGUUUCUUUUACAGUGACUUCAUAGUUUUUUUUUAAAGACUUGUACAAAGAAAAAACAGUGAACAUUGUAGACUUCAGAGAGAAAACAGAAGCACUUGAAACUGUCAGGACACCACCUUUCAGGGAGCCGAGUAAAAACUAUAAGAACAAGUGGCCACAUUUUUUUUGAGGCGUCAUACGGACAUCGCCGGUUUCACCGUCGUCUCUCCUGUCGGAUUCUCAGCAUCCUGGACGUCCCUCUGCUCUGCUCCAGGAGGAGCAGCACCAGGAUGGACACGGCACUGAGAGGAGGCUCACUGGCUGUGUGCGCUCUAAAGGGACUGAAGAGGCAAAAAAAACUGUGUUUUAAGACUCUCCCUCGUCAGCUUUGUUUUGUUAUAUGAAGCUCUGAGUGACCGUGCAAAGAUCCCAUGUCUUACUCUAACUCCGGGACAGAGUGCUCACGACACCAGCACCAGCAGAACUGUUGCAGUUUUUACUGUACAUACUGUAUCUAUUGGGACAGUUUACAAAGAGAGCUAUAAGAAGAAUAAUAUAAAUACAUUCAAUUUAUAAAUGCAGAAGAUGAUUCUUUUAUGUACAGUAAAUGCUAAGAUAGUGGAUGAUAUGCUGUUGGUUUAAUUGUUAGGUGGAUCUGUCAAAUCAUGGAAUUGUGAGCUUCUCAUAGAAAGCAUGUUAAAGACUUUUUACAUCCCCUCGGGCUGGUUUCACAAACCAUUAUCACAAUCGUAAAGGCAGUGUUUUAAUUUAGAAAAAUGAUGUCGGUUGGUGGUAUUCAUUUGUCAGGUUGAACUCAGUUGGGAGUUGGUCUUGAAUCCUACAAGUGACGGAGUCCACAGCGCCACAAUUAUGCUUUUCAAAAGAUCAUUUCUUUUGAACUGUUGAGGACAGAGUUGUUGUCCCUCUGCGACAUAAAUGUGACAAUUCAGCGGCAUUUAAAUGAAAUUGAAAGUGAAGGAAUUACAGAGCCGUAGGAUUGCAUGACACAUAUCUGUAUGUUCUGGCAGUGCGAAGCCUUAAGUUCAGAAGCCAGGACACUAAAGAGGGCAACAACCGGACAAAAAAGUAAGCCUUAAGAAUAAAUAUCUGUCUGUUCAAUAUUUAUAUUUCGUACAAGCCCAGCUGUCCAGUGUUACUGAAGGUAGUGAAAGUUAUAAUAUAUUGUUAAUGCAUCAUGUAAGCAGCCUAAGUAUAUUGUUCAUUUAAGAAAGAUGAAUAAAGCAUGAGUUUUUCCAUAAUCAUACACGCAAAUUGUUCUUUUGUUGAUCAGCUAGCUGAGGGACAUUUUCCAUCAGUUACAGAACAGAAUAGCUGCUCAGACCACAGUGUGUUUGUAAAGCAGAGUUGUGGUUGCCAGAGUGUAAAAAAGAUGUAUGACCAUACUGAUCUGAAUGUGUUCAAGAAAGCUUUAAUAUUUCUUCUUUUUUUCCCAGAAUAUCCCUCCAUGUUGUUGAUUGUUAAUAAUAAAAGAAUAUUUAACAAGAUGUUUUUUAGUACUUGCAUGUGGUAUUCUGGUCAAUUUGAUAACUUUUGUUUGGACAACAAACACCAUGAACAGUUACACAUGGUUCACUAUGUUGUUAGUUCCCUGUUUUGCAACUUUACAAUGUCACAUCAGAGGUACUGUAUUGGACGACAAUGGUCGUGUAACAUGUUCAUUCCUCAUCCUACUUCCUAACACAACGCAGGUCAAGUGAUAUUUGUGCCACUAUGAAUCUACAUGCUGUGACAUCCUCUGAAAAAGACCACGACUACUUGUAGCCAGUAUAAAAGUUUAUUUUAGGAGUUAAGACCCCAAUCAUGAACCACAACAUUCUCAAUUUCAAAAAGAUGAUGAGCUUUGUUUGUUUUUUCUUUCUUUAGUUUCCUUUAAUCUCUCCAUUAUUGCCAUUGAAUGAAGGUGCAAAAA